GAGUCGUGGCUGAGGUUGAGCCACGUAGAGGUCGAACGGUAAGAGGUAGGGUAAGAGGUAGAGGUGAGGUAGGUAGAGCGACAUAGAGACAGAGAGGUACAGAGGUUGAGGGAUUGGGGGGUUGAGUGGAAGCGCUGAGGUGGAGGGGUAUGGAGGUUGAGAGGUACAGGGAUACAGAGGCAAAGACGCACAGCGGCAGAGGCACAGCGGCAGGGGCACAGGCGGCAGAGGCAGAGAGAGUACCAAGCUGGCGACACAUGACGACGGAAAGCCGCAGUCGCUCAUGGAACCAGGUCUGGAACAGCCACCAGCCAGGCACCAGGCACCAGGCACCAGGCACGAGCCAGUUACCGGGGUUGCUGAGGGGUCGUGGGAUGUCACUGGCGGGCGGCUGGACCCCUAACAGGGGGCUACAUAUCCCCAUUGGCUGUCGAAUGCCAAGCUUCAUGCAGCCCUGCCAUGCAGUCAAACGGCGGCAGCCACAGGUCCGGGGAGCUCAGCCAUUGUCACAUGCAGCUCGUCAUCCUCGUCCUGACCUUCUCAAGAGCUCUUGGUGGCACAUUUGUCCGCUCUUUGUUGACGAGGAAAGCAAGAGCAUCAGCAACGACGGUACGACAACGACGACGACAACGACGACGACAACGACAACGACGACGACAACGACAACGACAACGACGACGACAACGACAACGACGACGACAACGACAACGACGACGACAACGACAACGACAACGACGACGACAACAACAUAACACGACCAUGGCGGACAAGAUGAUGGACCGGGCCAACUGGUACCUUGACCUAGUCAAGCAAGGCGGACCGAAGAUCGAGUCGCUCAAAGCUGGGCUAUCAGUCGUAGCCCCCUCAGGUGCCUCGUCAGGUAGCAAAAACUUACCAGCCGUCUCGCGCAACCUUGUCGAGGUCACCGAAUACCUCCAAACACUGGACUUGCCCGAUGGAGGUGUGUACAUACAUGCGCCGAGUCAAGUUAUGGA